CUGAUCAUUCAUUCUCUCUCAGAGCCCGAUGUGAUCAAAAACCUCAACGUCACCAAGGUCUCAGAAACAAACAUCUCCCUGACCUGGUCCGCUCCUGAGGGCAACCGUGACUUCUACUACAUUCAGGUGAGGGGUCAACCUCAUCUGAAAAUGACCACACACACAGAGAGCGCCGUGGUCAAAGGCCUGAUACCGGGGGGGAACUACAUAUUUGAGGUCAACGCCAAAGUGGAGGACGAGUCCAUCGAGGGAGACCCACUGAACAUCUCCUCCUACACCAAGCCAGGAAAGGUGUCAAACUUAAACGCGUCUGAUCCUACUACUGACUCUGUCCACCUCCAAUGGGAGCCGCCUGCAGGGAAUAUCUCUGGGUUUAGAGUGGACGUCUUCAAUGAAGAAAACGUCAAUAUCAAAACGCUGAUCAACAUAAACGCGAACAAGACAAGUCUAAGGGUGACGGCGUUGCCGCCAGGCGCCAAGCUCUGGAUGAGCGUGGUAGCACUGGUGCCCGACGCAUUUGUGAAAGGAGAGCCCAGCACCGUGAUGGCCUUCACCAGUCCAGGUGACGUUGCUGACUUAGAGUUGGUCCCUGCUGCGUACACCAUCAAGGUGACCUGGACAGCUCCCGAGGGCAACUACGAGACUUUCAGCGUUCAGCUCAAUCUAACCGCCUUGGAACAGGAAGUCGAAAAAAAGGAGCAAAACGCCAGUCCUCUCUCCUUCACGGGACUGAAGGCAGGAGCCGAAUAUACAGUGACAGUCACCACUCUGAAUGGGUAUCUCAAGAGCCAACCAAGGAACAGAAGAGUUUUCACUCUUCCUGUCCCACCGGAACCAGCCAAAAUCGACAACUUCACUGAGAGUAAUAUCACCCUGUCAUGGGGAGCCCCCAAGGCAUCCCAAGGCGUAGAACUGACGUACCUGGUCAAAUACACCACUCAAUUCUGGAAUUUGACAAAGACUGAGACUGUGAAGAAUGCCACCACCUAUAUAUUUCAUGGGUUGCAUGCUGGGACCAACUACGACUUCGAAGUACGAGUGAAGGCGGGAACUCAGGAAAGCAGUCCGGUCACAGUAUCAUGGAUGACAACUCCUAAUAAGAGGGUUCUGACUAUUACCAUGAAGUGUUCCUCCAGCAAACCCCUCUCCUGUGAGGACAACCACACACAGUCAGAGGUCCUGUCAAAGUUGCGGGAGCAUUUCCGCAAGGAGUUCUACAAGAAGAUAAAUAUUGUGUUCUGGGAGCUGGACUGGAGAGAGGCAUAAUAUCUCACACAAGCUUGACCAAAUACUACUACUUUAAUACACAUUUAAGUGAAUUUGUCACAACACUUUUGGUCCCCUAAAAUGGGGGUACUAUAUACAAAAUGUGCUGUAAUUUCUGAACGGUUCACCCGAUAUAAAUUAAAAUACACUCAAAUUAAAGAUGAAAGUCUCACAACCUCGUAGUCACUGUAUCAUUUCAAAUCCAAAGUGCUGGAUUACAGAGCCAAAACAAAAA